AUGUGGCUAACCGUCAAGCUUCUCUUAGGCCGGAGGUGUUUACUCCAAGUCUCAGAGAAUGAGAAAGUAUUUAUGUUAAAGCGACUAGUGUCGAAACAGCUCCACGUUCCAGAGAAACAGCAGCGAUUACUCUUUAGGGGUCAGGUCCUGGCUGACAACAAGCGCCUAUCCGACUAUUGUAUUGGACCCAAUUCUACACUCAAUGUGAUCAUCCGUCCCUUGGAGAAGACAUCCCCUGAAACUCCUUCCCAACCUCGGUCCCAGUCCUUGUGGCCUCAGCUCAAUCAAAUUCUGCUCAAACACUUUAGCCCACAAGAUGCAGAAAAUGUGCUUCGUCGGCUAAGAGAGGAUCACAGGAAGUCCUUGCAAAGGAUGAACCUGGAUGACCUUGAGCGGAUCUCAAAGGUCCUAGUUCCAGAAGGGAAACACUCAGGAGCCACUGGCUCUACCCGUGAGUCCAAAGGAGAUAUGGAGCCCCGAAGAAAUAUGAAAUGCAAUCUAGCACACAAGGAUGGCUUUAAACGAGAGAAGUCACCUGGUAAAUAA